GUGGAGCCUCGCCCUCACUUGCUCCCGCUGGGCAGCGCAGACUGCACAAACAGACCGUCCGUACGUUGACUUCAGCAAAGCAAUCGUCUCCCAACACCUUGUGCUUCUCUCUCCAACGCUCUCCUGUACCGCUGCUCUCUCUCUCUCCCCCCCCCCUUUUUCCACCAUUCCUUCUCCUCUCCUCUCCGGACCUCACGUCUCCCUCUUUCCCUCCCCUUUCGUCCUUUGUCCGUUCUGUUUCCGUGCGGGUUCGCUCGUCUCCUGCUCUCCCCCACCCUUCACUGUUGCACGCCGAGUCGUCGACGGACCGGGGACGACCUGACCCGUCGACUGCACCACACGACCAGGUCUUGGGCCCAAUUCGUGCAGUGGACGGACCCUUUGCUGCCGUGGACAGCCUUCAGUGCAGCAGCUACGACUGCUGGGGGCCAUAAGUUGGAUCGCUGCGUGUGAGCUGGGCAUCCAGGAUUACAGAUCGACACCACGGGAAUUCAGGGGAUCUCGAACACGCAGGUUUCAAAAAGACUGCUCCGCUGCCUGACCUCCCUCACGCACCCACCCACGCAUCGACGGGAGCUUUGCUGCGGAGAGACUCUCGUGCGUUGCUCGAGAAAGGUCGCCCACGCACGCCAUGAAUCCAAACUCGCAGCAGCAGCCCAACAGGCUGCAGCUCAACUUCGGCUUCGAUCGAAACAACACGCCCGGCAACAAUCAGGGCCAGUACGGCAGUGGAGAGAACGCCCGCCAGUUCCCCACCACGCCUUCCACGUUCCCGCAGCCGCUGUAUCCCAACUCGCAAGGCCAGCAGGAAGUGUGGGGCACCCAGCAGAACAACAAUGGCUACGGCGGCACGAGCUACUUCAUGAGCAACACGUAUGCCAACUACUCGCAGCAGGGCGGCGCGAACAAUGGCGCUCCGCAGUCGGCAGGGGCCGCCUAUCGCUCCGCCGGCGGAUACAACGACGGCACCAACGGGCUCGUCCAUCAGUUCUCGCACCAGAACCUGGGCGGUGGCACGCCGAGAUCUGGCAGCCCGUAUGGCCGUCAGCCAUCGCCGGCCCAGCAGCAGCGCCCGCGGACGGCAGGUGCGACCACGGGGCAGCAGUACGGCAGCUUCCUGUCCCCGCAGGCGCCCAUGCCGCAGGCCAGCUCUCUGACGGAGGAGGAGCCGCCGGCGAAGAACCCGGACAAGUACAGCGACAACGUGCAGAGGAAGGCCAAGGUGUCCAUCGGCACGGUGAGCACCUUCUUCAAGGACAGCGUCCAGAGGGCGCGAGACCGCAAUGCAAGAGCGCUCGAGGCGGAGGCCGUCAUGAAGGACGCCUCGCUCACCGACGACCAGAAGCGAAGACGCAUCGAGCAGAAGCGACGGGCCGAGGCGCAGUACCUGCGCUUCUUGCGCACAAAGGAACGCCCCGAGAACUACUCCACCAUCAAGAUCAUCGGCAAGGGAGCCUUUGGCGAGGUCAAGCUCGUGCAGAAGAAGUCCGACGGCAAGAUCUACGCUCUCAAGUCGCUGGUCAAGUCGGAGAUGUUCAAGAAGGAUCAGCUUGCCCACGUCAGGUCCGAGCGUGACAUCCUGGCCGAGUCGGACAGCCCUUGGGUCGUCAAGCUGUACACGACGUUCCAGGACAGCACCUUCUUGUACAUGCUCAUGGAGUUCCUGCCGGGCGGCGAUCUGAUGACGAUGCUCAUCAAGUACGAGAUCUUCUCCGAGGACAUCACCAGAUUCUACAUGGCGGAGAUCACGCUGGCCAUCGAAGCCGUGCACAAACUUGGCUUCAUCCAUCGUGACAUCAAGCCGGACAAUAUCCUUCUCGACCGAGGCGGCCACAUCAAGCUCACCGACUUUGGCUUGUCGACAGGCUUCCACAAGGAACACGAGGCAUCCUACUACCAGCAACUCCUCGCAGGCGGCAAGCACCGUUCCAACCGCGACAACCGCAAUUCCAUCAACUUCGACCAGAUCCAGCUGACCGUCUCCAACCGACAGCAGAUCAACACGUGGCGCAAGUCGCGUAGGCAGCUUGCCUACUCAACGGUCGGAACCCCCGACUAUAUAGCGCCGGAGAUCUUUUCAGGCAAGGGUUACGACUUUAGCUGCGAUUGGUGGAGCUUGGGAACAAUCAUGUUUGAAUGCCUGAUCGGUUGGCCGCCAUUCUGCGCAGAAGAGGCCCACGACACGUACAGGAAGAUUGUGGAUUGGCCGAGGCACCUGCAUUUUCCACCUGAUCAGCAGCUGGGUCCUGAGGCUGAGGAUUUCGUGCGAAGCCUCAUUAACGACGCUGAACACCGUCUUGGCCGCGUCGGUGGUGCUCACGAAAUCAAGCAGCACCCUUUCUUCCGUGGCGUCCAGUGGGAUGGCCUCCGACGCAUCCGUGCUCCGUUCGAGCCGAAACUGUCCUCAAAUGUCGACACCCAAUACUUCCCAAUCGACGAGAUCCCUCAAACAGACAUGUCUGCCGCUUUGCGCGCCCAGACGGCCGCUCAAGGCGACGAUGUCAGCACGGAGAUGAGCCUUCCCUUUAUCGGCUACACGUACAAGCGCUUCGAUGCGUUCCGUGGCGGUUAAAUCUUUCCCGUGGAGCGACCAAACGAGGGCGGCUGCUUGUCCAAAGCGUUAUGAAGUUGCUGUGUAUCUUUGGAGAUAGCUUUCAAGAGCCGGGGUAUAGAUAUUGGUCACGUGUGCAAAAAAUCAGUUCACAAAAUGCUUCAUUGCGUAUGUUUUGUGUCGUCCGUGGGACAGUAAAAGAAAAUGAAAAGAAGACGCGCUCGCUUGAACUGGAUCUUGGAUUGGAUAGAGGGACGGUGGACCUGCUGGUACUGUGGAGCGCCAAAGAGGGCACGUAAAGAAAGCAUUUCCUUGGCGUUUGUCGUCUCUCGAUAGGCAUGUGUUUUGGGUCAUACGUUCCGAGCAUAGUGAAGAGUAGGAAUUUUCGAUGUUUUCAUACGACAUACACAUACACACACCUGCGUUAUCAUGAGAUGGCCGCAGAGUGAUGAAGAUCAGCUUAGUGUGACGUUCUUACAGCUUAAGCACCGCAUAAAUGAAAUGGACAUGUCAACGACAAAUCGCUAACUCUGA